AUGUCUCUUCAUUUGCACCAACCAUGUGGGUUUUUGACGAACAAUCUAUUCAGGGAAAAGUCAAGGAUUACCCUGUCAAUCAAGCAGUUAGAGGAAGAUCCACUUCUAGAAACUUUGGACAAGGUUAUACCUCAGGAUGCCUCUACUAUUCCUGAUUCUUUGAGCAAUAGCGACAUCAGUACUAUUGAACCGCUUCCAGGGCUUGAAUCGAUAUUUGAAGAGCUACUACAGGAAGAUGGCAUAGAUGAUGUAAGAAUCAUUAGACAAGGGUUUGAGAAACGGGUGGUUUCACAAGAUCUGCAGCUUUGGCUUUCAAAUGCACCACCCACUAACCAGAAAUUCACUCUCCUUGCCCGUGCUGGAAGGCAGGUGCAGGAAAUACAUCUGAGAACGUCGCUUGAUCAGGAAGGAAUCAAAAAGGCAUUGCAGCGAGCAUUAGAACGUGUCCCAUAA